AUGCCACCGUCAUGUAGCAAUGGUUUUCAAGCAACGGUUGGAUAUGAUAAUACAUGGCAUUGGCUGAAAGUCCAGGAGGUAUGCGAUUCAACUUUUUCUCCGCCAAUUUUUUUGCUAACCAAUCGAAAUUCAUUUUCCUGUGUGCUUCAGUGCGAGAAAGGUCCGCUUGGCAAAAAAGGGAAUUUAUUGACAAAAUCGUUUCAAUUCAUAUGUCGUCCGAUGACGUAUACUUUUUUAAAUAUUAUUAAAUAAAGUGGAAAAUUGCAGCUUAAUAAUAUAUGAGGAAACUUGUUUUCAUCUUGGAAGAAAAAUUUCGACAAGCGAGAAGUAUUUCGCUCAAUUUCUUUUGAAUGUGGGCGGUCAAGUAGAACUGAUUUAUUUGGUUGGUCACAAUUCAAAAGAAAUCAAGCGAAAUAUUUCUCUGUAAGUGAAAAUCCUCCAUUACCCUUUGCUCUUUUAUCUUUAGAUUCUAGUUUGGAGCGCAAUAACUGGUAUUUUGAUUGGAUUAUUCUCCUCGUUCUUCGUGCUCGUUAUCGCAACAACAAACAUCAUAGUUGGAGCACUUGCGUCGUUAACUAUAUCGUUGAUCACAUGCUGUGUACUUGGUACAAUAACAAUGAUUGGAUGGAAACUUGGAGUUCUGGAAUCUCUUAAUCUCACCUUGGUUGUUGGUCUUGCAGUGGAUUAUGUGGUGCAUUUGGCAGAAGGUUACAUGCACUUAGUAGGUGAAGAUAGACUGACCAAAGUUCAGCAUACUCUAACUCAUGUUGGUAUCUCAGUACUUUCUGGCGCUUGUUCAACUCUAGGGGCAUCAAUCUUUAUGCUUGGCGCAAAAAUUGUAUUCUUCUUUCAAUUUGGUAUCUUUAUGUUUUGCACAAUCGGUCUUUCCAUAUUUUUCUCCUUGUUAUUUUUCACCACCGUGCUUGCCCUUGUUGGGCCACAAGAAGAUGAAAAAGGCUCAAUUAAACCUGCUAUAACGUAUUGUAUUGACCACAUUCGUGGGAAAAGAAAGAACAAUACCCACUGUGAUCGUUGCCAUGGCAAAGGAUUUGUUUCUUUUUCAAACGAACAGGAUCAAUAACAGAUAUUUUCUGCAAGGCGAAAAACGUAGUCUUAUAUUUCACUAAUUUAAUGGAUCUGGAAAAUUGUAAGAUUCGUAAGCAAAUCUUAAAUAUUGUAAUAAUGUUUUUGAAGAUCAUACUGAACAGUAUAGAAAUAAAG